AAGACCCUGGGUGUCGCUAACGGUCAGACAGCAGUUACCAGCCCUUGGAGCGACAACCUGUGGGUGCUGUCCCCUGUCCUGUGCGUGUGUGACGCGACUCUUACCUAAUCUUGUCGCGGUAAGUAGGGCGACAGGUGGAGAAGGACCGCACGGCGACCGGACCGUUAGAUAGCACGGACCGCGGUGUCUGGACUUUGACUGGUGACACAACAUGGCUGCACCCAAGAUCGCCAAGCUGUCCACCCACAUCGUGCACCACACCAAAGGCUCCUGCAGCGGCUCUGUCAUUUUCUUGCACGGCGAAGGUCAGACUGGAGGAAGUGUCCGGGAGACCAUCAGAAGCGUGUUAGGACGAGAGUGGGCUUUUCCUCACGUCAGAGUUGUCUACCCUACAGCGGAAGACAGGUCCGACAUCGUUGUGGGUCAGGUCCGACACGAGUGGCUGCAUCGAGAUGUCGACAACCCCGCCUUCCGCGAGAUUCUCGAGUCUUCCCACGUGACCCUCCUACAGCUGGCAAAGGUCAUGGAGGCGGAAGUGCGUCAUGGAAUCCCACGUCAUCGCAUUCUUAUCGGAGGAUUUUCCAUGGGUGGCACCAUGGCUCUGCACGUUGCCUACCGAUUCCAGAGGGCGCUGGCUGGAGUCUUCUGUCUGGGCGGCUACCUGUCGAGCACCUCACCUGUCUACGAGGUCAUCAAAGGGCUGGACGCAGCGAGGUUGCCGGCCUUGUUCCAAGCCCAUGGCGCCAAUGACAUCACCGUGAAGGAGGAGUCGGCGUCUCAGACCUUCGCGAGACUGCGAGAACUUGGCGUGAAUGGCGAGUACCACGUGAUCCUCAAUCAAGGCCACGAGCUGAGCGCGGAGCAACUCACGUUGUUGUCUUCAUGGGUGGAGAGCAUGCUGCCACGGGAGUAACCUCCCCUUGUCUUCACACAGUGACACACGUGCUUGUGUGUGUGUGUGAGUGAGAGAAAGUAAAUAAAAUCCUUACCUCAGAUUACUACUCCAGAAAAAAGCCCCAUUUGGCCAUUUGGCAACAUUUGGCAACAGUGUCACAUGUCGUCAGAUGUAGAUUUUCCUCAAGUGCCUCGUUGUGAGACCAUACUCAGUUUGACUGCUUUAAUUAUCAGGAAGUGAAUUAUUAACUCACUUAAAUGGGAGUUGAUGAGAUCGAUCCAUACUUAAAUGACUUAGAAGCUAAUAAAUUUCGAAUAUAUUAGUUUGAUAAAUGCUGAAGUUGCUAAUUGUUUGAGCUGCGAUGUAAGAAUCACGAACUAAUUUGUCCAUGUCUGAUAGAACUACGAAAGACUUUCAUUACGAAAAUGUAGGACAUUAGACCGAAUAACUUCAAACUAUUGAUGUCAAAUAAAUAAAUAAAUAAAUAAAUAAAUAAAUAAAACGCGAAAGGAUACUGUGUAACCUUGCCAAAGUUUUUAUAUUUAGCGAGAAAGAAAAGAAAUUCUACUCUACACUAAAGAUAUUCUUCAUCUAUUGUCUAAUAUGUACUAAUAAACCUGUAAUAUGUUGUAUACUAAUAUUUUUGAAUGAGCCCCCCCCCCCCCUCCACCUAACCCUAACAAAAUGAACUAUACGUGUUUGUAUUCUGUGUGUGAGUGAGAAGAGGGAGGGGGGAUAUGUGCGUGCGCGUACGUACGUGUUCAUGAAGGUGUAUUUGAUACCUACCUGUGAAAGGUGUGUUCUUGUGCACUUGUACGCACGCAAGUCCUGCUGGUGCUGGGAAAAGGCGCUGUAUAAAUGCGCAAUAAAAAAUAAACAAAUUAAAGUAAGA